AUGUGGCUCCUAAACACAUCUACAUACCAGAUCGUCUUCGUGCAAAACCCCGCCCAGGCUCAUUACGCUAUCCUAUCGCACGUAUGGGACUCCGCCGGAGAGCAAACCUUCCAAGCUACCGAUCCCCACCUCCUCGACUUCAUUCGAGCCCGGCUGAGUCCAAAGAUCAGAUACUCCUGCGACUACGCUCGCACUCGCGGCUACGCGUACCUCUGGAUCGACACGUGCUGCAUCGACAAAACGAGCAGCGCGGAGCUGUCCGAAGCGAUCAACUCCAUGUUCACCUGGUACUCGCAGGCCGACGUCUGCUAUGUCUUCCUCUCCGACGUCUCAGCCAGUGAUGAUCCCGCGGCGCAAGACUCGUCCUUCCGCCGCAGCAUGUGGUUCAAGCGCGGGUGGACCUUGCAGGAGCUCAUUGUCCCCUCGUCGAACGUGUUCCUGUCGAAGGACUGGCGGAAGAUAGGAACCAAGACGAGCCUCGCACACGUCAUCGAGGGUGUCACCGGAAUCGACACAGACAUCCUCCUUCAUACUCGCCAGCUGCAUACAGUAAGCGUUGCCGAUCGAAUGGUCUGGGCGGCGGGGCGGGAGACGACUCGCGUCGAAGACGAGGCGUACUGCCUUAUGGGGCUCUUUGGCGUGCGUCUCCCCGUCAUAUAUGGCGAAGGCUCGCAGGCGUUCGUACGACUUCAAGAGGAGAUCAUGAGGCGCAUCCCAGACCAAUCGCUUUUUCUGUGG